UUAAAAUGCCAUCAAACUAAUUAUUAGUCCUUUUUUAGUUACUACUAUUUCCAAUAUACAUAAUACUUACCACCUUCAAUUUUUUAUUUUUAUACCCCUUGAAGUUUCACCCUCGAAAAGAUUUGAGUGUUCUGACUUUUAUAAUUUCCAUACUGACCGAAAAGUAGUGAUAGAAGAAUUGAUUAUAGAAUAGAAGUCAUCAGAGAAACCAUAAUUGGUUUACUUUAAUUACUUUAUAUAGUCUUUCUCGUGAGAAAUUUUAUGUCUUUUUUUCACUUAUUUUUACUUUUAUUUUUCUAGUACCAGUGAUUAAGCUUUUGCAGAACAGAGUCAUGUGAGGUCAUAUUUUAUACAUGUCAAAAAAAAAAAAAAGAAGAUCCUAUUGAAGUUUUGGUCCGUUAUUUAUUUUGUAACUGUUACAAGUGUCAGAGUUUGACACAAAACUCAGACACAUGCUGAGCCCAAUUGAAGUAGUCAGUCACAGUGAUUGUUUUCACAUCCUUCUAAAUUAGGUUCAACCACUUGAUUAACUCUCUUCAGUAUCUUCCAAAAGAUAAAAGAGACAAAUUUUUGCAUGGCUUGCCAGCAGAGGUUGAAACGCAUUGUCAAAAGUGAAAUUUCCUAUAUAUUUGAAGGGCUUGCCAGGCUCUAUGUGUACAGUAUUGAGAAUAAGAGUAUCAAGAUGAUGGGACCCUUUUAAGGAAUGAAAUUAGAGAUUCUGGUUCCUUUUUUCCCCAGGAAUCAUUUUAAAAGGGCAAAAACAAGACCUGUGCAAUAGUUUUGAUAGAAACAAAACACAAUCUGAAAAAAAUGAAGUUCAUGAAAAUUGGGACCAGGCCUGACACUUUCUACACAGAAGAAGCUGUAAGGACUCUGCUGUCAGAUAUACCAAGUGACCUCUCUAUACAGAUUAACAAUAUCAGCUAUCUUCUUCACAAGUUGCAGUUUGCACUUCUUCCAAGGUGUGGUCUUUUGCAACGGCUUUGCUCAAGCUCUGACGAAUCAGAAGAUACCAAGAUAGAGCUUCAUGACAUUCCUGGAGGAGAAGAUGCUUUUGAAUUAUGUGCUAAGUUCUGUUAUGGAAUCACAAUCAAUCUCAGUGCUCACAACUUUGUACCAGCCUUUUGUGCUGCUAAGUUCCUUAGAAUGACUGAAUCUGUAGAGAAAGGAAACUUUAUUUUAAAGCUUGAGGCUUUCUUCAAUUCUUGUAUUCUUGAAGGCUGGAAAGACUCCAUUGUUGCACUACAGACCACAGUGAAGUUACCUGAGUGGUCUGAAAAUCUUGGUAUUAUCAGAAAGUGUAUUGACUCAAUUGUAGAGAAAAUCCUCACACCUCCUGCUAAGGUUAGUUGGUCCUACACUUAUACCAGACCAGGUUACAACAAGAAACAGCAUUCUGUCCCUAAGGAUUGGUGGACAGAAGACAUAUCUGACCUUGAUAUAGACAUGUUUAGGUGUAUAAUUACUGCUAUCAGAACCAUAAACAUCCUACCAUCACAGCUUAUUGGUGAAGCUUUGCAUGUCUAUGCGCGUCGCUGGUUACCCGACACAACAAAGAUUAAGCCUCCAGAGAGUUCAGUGUCUCAAGCUGAUGAAUCAGAUGAAAGGAGUAGAAGAAUUCUUGAAACCAUAGUGAGUAUGAUCCCUGCUGAUAAAGGAUCAGUUUCUGUUGGUUUCUUGAUGAGGCUUGUUAGUACUGCAAACUAUCUAGGAGCUUCACCAGUGACAAAGACAGAGUUGUUAAGGAAAUGUAGUCUACAACUUGAGGAGGCAACUGUAGAAGACUUGCUUUUUCCUUCACAAUCAUCCCUUAACCAACAUUUUUAUGACAUUGAUUUGGUUUCAGCAGUAGUAGAAAGUUUCUUGGUGAUAUGCAAAAGACAACCACCUGCUACUGUAGAAAGCAGCCAAUUUCUUAGAUCACUGAGAAAAGUUGGGAAACUCAUUGAUUCUUAUCUUCAAGUUGUUGCUAGAGAUGGCAAUAUGCCAUUAUUGAAAGUUGUUUCUUUAGCUGAAACUAUCCCAGAUAUUGCCAGGGAAAAUCAUGAUGAUAUCUACAAGGCCAUUAACAUUUUUCUAAAGGAGCAUCCUGACUUGAACAAGGCAGAGAAAAAACGACUGUGUCGAAUCUUGGAUUGCCAAAAGUUGUCCCCAGAGGUAAGAUCCCAUGCUGUGAAAAACGAGAGGCUGCCUUUGAGAACCGUUGUUCAACUCCUUUACUUCGAACAAGAGAGAGGCUCAAGUAUGGCAGCAAACGACAUUAACAAACUCUCAUUCCAAGAGCUGAUCCCCAGAGGAAAAACGACACCAAAUCCCAGAAAUGAUCAGGUUAGUAAGCUAAAACUUGGUACUACUACUGAUGAUAACAAGUCCCCAAAAGGAGACAACACCGGUAGAAGCACAACUGUAUCAGAAAUAGGCGAAAAAGAUCAUCACCAUCAUCAUCAUCAUCACCAUCAUCACCAACAUCACCAGAGAAUGAAAAGAGCAGAUGGGAAGUUGCCUUUGGAACUGGAAAAAAAGACAAACAAAGGAGAAAUUGAAGAAGUUGAAGCUUCAGUCAAAAAGAUGAACCAAAAGGGUAAUAGUAGAUCAUCAGAGCUUGGCCGAGACAGAACCAGAGACAGAUAGUAAAUACAUUAAAUUAUAAAUAUGAAAGACCCCCCUCAUUUGUUUUCGCAGUUUAAUCAAUUGGAAGCCAUUGUUGUAAUUUUGUGUCAUUUACAUUAGGAAGAAAAUGCUCUAGUAUUUGUAAACAAGGUUAUUAAGUUUCAGGUCCCUUUAUUACUUUUAGCACCUCAACAGUUUUCGUUUGUAAAGGGCUAUUAUUAUUCUAUUCAUCUCAAAUAGUUUGGUUAUCAUAAUAAGCAAUACUAAAGAGAGUGUGUGUCCCUUACUCCUAAA